GUUGUUCGACGCCUGACAGGUUCGCUCUUGGAUGCAUAGCUGAGUAUUUCUAGGUAGAGAAACGGUAGAUAGGUCAGCCAGCAAAAUGAACCCCCGCAGUAGCUCUCCAGUGGAGAGCACAUCAGUUAGUGUCAAGGUUUUCAGGCUUGAGAUCAGUGAAGGGUCUCCUCCAAAAAUCUCUCCUGAGCCUUUGCCACCCCCAGAACCAGAGCCAGAGCCAGAGCCACAACCACCUACCCCAGUACCAGAACCAGAAGCUCCUCCACCACCUCCACCUCCACCUCCUCCUCCACCACCACCAAAACGUAUGGCUGAAUUCGCUGUUGGAAUCAAUGGAUUUGGACGUAUUGGACGCUUGGUCCUUCGAGCCUGCGUCGAGAAGGGAAUCAAAGUUGUGGCUAUCAAUGAUCCUUUCAUUGACCUCAACUACAUGGUGUACAUGUUCAAGUAUGAUUCCACUCAUGGACGUUUCAAAGGAGAGGUGAAGGCUGAUGGUGGCAAACUAGUAGUGAAUGGCUCAAAAAUCUCUGUGUUCCAGUGCAUGAAGCCGACUGAGAUCCCUUGGGGAGAUGCAGGAGCUUUGUAUGUAGUGGAAUCUACUGGAGUCUUCCUCAGCGUUGAAAAAGCUUCAGCUCAUCUGCAGGGUGGAGCCAGGCGAGUAGUGGUGAGCGCACCAUCUCCUGAUGCUCCUAUGUUUGUUAUGGGAGUCAAUCAUGAUAAAUACGAUCCAUCCAGCAUGAAUAUUGUGAGCAAUGCUUCCUGCACCACCAACUGCCUGGCACCUUUAGCCAAAGUCAUCCAUGACAACUUUGGCAUUGUGGAGGGCCUUAUGACCACUGUUCAUGCUUAUACUGCCACUCAGAAGACUGUAGAUGGUCCAUCUUCCAAGGCUUGGCGUGAUGGAAGAGGGGCCCACCAGAACAUCAUUCCAGCUUCUACUGGUGCUGCCAAAGCUGUGGGCAAGGUCAUCCCUGAGCUUAAUGGGAAGCUCACUGGCAUGGCAUUCCGUGUGCCAGUGUGUGAUGUGUCAGUUGUCGACCUGACAUGCCGCCUCUCCAGGCCAGCUACUUAUGCUCAGAUCAAAGAAGCUGUCAAGAAGGCGUCUAAAGGGCCAAUGGCAGGAAUCCUGGGAUAUACAGAAGACGAGGUUGUUUCUACUGAUUUCAUUGGUGACAAUCGUUCCUCUAUCUUUGAUGCUGGAGCAGGGAUUUCCCUGAAUGAUAACUUUGUGAAGCUCAUCUCCUGGUAUGAUAAUGAAUAUGGCUACAGCUGCCGUGUAGCAGAUCUCCUGAAGCAUAUGUACACCAAGGAGAACAACUGAACACUGCCCACACCUCACAUUCCAGGCUAUUUAACAGAGUGGCCUCACCCCUUUAGUCAAUAGGUUUGAUCUCCUGGCCCGUUCUUUGCUUCAACCACAGAACCCUGAAUACUGCACCUUAUAUGUCACUGUAAAGCUUUGUGUGUGUACACGUGAGUGUGAAUCCUGCUUUCUACAGCAGCUUGUAUGAGCUUAAAAAUGGUAGUGAAGACAAAUUACACCAAAUUUCCCCUGGAGAAAGAGAGUUUAUCCUCUGGGGUUGCGCAUUGAUUUGUGUGCCUGUAGUGUCCUGGAGAUCUUCUAAGUGUUCAAAUAAAACCACUGAAGUUAUGUGAACAAGAAAUGUACUGAGUCUCUUAACUCACUGAAUGUCCAGAAAUUCAAAUUUUAACUAUGCCAGAUAUGUCUGUUUCCAUGACAAGUCUGUAUUGAUAUCUUUUUGGGGCGAUGCUAAAAGGUAUUACCUUAAUAGCUUUUGAAUCACAAUGCUCCAAGUUACAGGAAAAGCGAGGUCAAAAUCCUACAGCUCUAAAUAAAACCAGUCAUCUGCCAUAGCUUCCUGAGGAACUAAAGAUUAGAAGAUGGUUAUCCUGAGGCAAAUCAUUAUUAUUAUAUUGAUGGGUGGUGACUUCUUAGGAUGUUAGACAGGAGUCUUUCUAGCCAUGAGCUGGCCUUUCUGUGCCUGGAAAAUAUAUGCUCUGCCAUUUAGCUACAGAUUUGUUUUAAUAUUGUCUAAACAGGAAUAUAUAUCUUUAAUUCUCGUGAAUGUAGGGAAAAAUGCUAUAGCAUUUGCCAGAGGCAAUGCUGUUCACAUUUUUGGCACAGAGGUGGGCAGCUUCUGCAGAACUGAGUGCUACUUUUCAAGUAGGUAAAAUGCUUGAAGGCUGGAUAUCCAAAGAGGAAAGAGCAGGGCUUAGUGAACUUCAUUCAGAAGUUCGGGGGGGGGGG